AAGGCAUUUUUGAUUAUGGUAUUUAUGUAGUAUUCAUUAUAGUAUUGAAAUAAAUAAGGGUAUGAUGGCACAUUUCCAGAAGAAAAUGGGUAAAGAUAGAAAAACUGAAGAAUUUGUUUCUGAUGAUGAUACAGAUGAGGAGGAAGUCGUGCUUGGCAAAAAGACAAGAGAACUUUAUAAUAAUCCGGAAGCAAUGGAAGCUAAACUAAAACAAAUGAAGACAGAUUUGGACUGGUUGCAAUGUAUGGAUAUUACAACAGAUUUAAAAGACGUAAACAUUCCAGGUGUUGAAAAAAAUGACACAAAGGGCGUCCAAACAGAUAUACAAGAUGAUUUUAAAAGAGAAAUGCUGUUUUAUUGUCAAGCACAAAUGGCGGCUAAGGAAGCUUUGAGCAGGUUACGAAGCCUUGAUAUUCCUACAGAACGACCAGAUGAUUACUUUGCAGAGAUGGUUAAAACUGACGUACACAUGCAGAAGAUUCGUCAAAAACUUUUGGAUCGUAAAACAAGCAUGGAGAAAUCAGAGAAAGCAAAAAAACAAAGACAACUGAAAAAGAUUGGGAAAAAAGUCCAACAAGAUGUCUUGCAAAAACGACAACAGGAAAAGAAAAAGAUGUUGGAAACUGUCGAUCGGAUCAAGAAAGGGAAGGAAAAAUUUAAUGAUUUUCACAAAAGAAACGAUGAUGAUAUGUUUAAUGUAUCGAAAGAAGACAAAAGGUCUGGACAAAAACGGAAGAGAAAAGAUGAGAAGUUUGGUUUUGGUGGUAAGAAACGAAAAGUGAAGAAAAACUCCGCCGACAGUUCAUCUGAUAUGACGUCAUUUAAAUCACAUCUUCACGGGAAAGCGAAGAAUGUCAACAAACAAAAAUUUGGUAACAAAAACUCAAAGAACGUAAAAUCUAAGCGCCUUGGUAAAUCGAGACGAAUGCAGUCCCGUGGAAAGAAGUAACGUGCACGCGCUGUAUAAUCGAGAUGAGCUAUUAAAACAUCUGGCAUGACGGAGCAAACGAGAAUACUGGUUUCUAUAGACUGCUGGAAGCUGUUAUUGUGUUUUGUACCACUUUCUGGUAGUUGGCCACCCUCCAAAAGAUGGUUUAAUUUUUAUGUAAAAUAUUCGGAUUAUUUUUCAUGUGAAAUAUAUAUAAAACUCCACAA